UGUUUUCAAAAAAUAAACCAAAUUCAUAACCUGUAUACUCGUGCCUAGCUGUAAUUGUCGCAUUCUUUGUUAAAUAUAGCAGGAAAUUGGAGCACAGAAAAAGGGUAUAGUUCCCUUUGUUUCAUCUUUCCAUAACUGAAGGAGAGGAAAGAUUAGGCUUGUGGAUAUAUUAUGGGUCGUGGAAAGAUAGCAAUCAGGAGGAUUGAGAACCAAACAAGCAGGCAAGUCACCUUCUCAAAGCGCCGAGCAGGGCUGUUGAAGAAAACCCAUGAACUUUCUGUGCUUUGCGAUGUCCAGAUCGGGCUCAUCAUCUUCUCAAGCACUGGGAAGAUGUGCGAGUACUGCACUGAGCCAUGGAGAAUGGAUCAGAUAAUUGAAAGGUACCAGAAGGUCAGAGGGACUCGUAUUCCAGAGCAUGAUAGCCGGGAACAAAUAUAUAAUGAGUUAACGAGGAUGAGAAAAGAAACCAGUCGUCUUCAACGGAGUAUGAGAGGCUACACAGGUGAGGAUUUGAGUUCUAUACCGUAUGAAGACUUGGAUCAACUUGAACAACAACUGGAACACUCAGUUGAUAAAGUUCGAGCUAGGAAGAAUCAACUGUUGCAGCAGCAGCUUGAUAAUUUACGUAGGAAGGAGCAAAUGUUGGAAGAGGAAAACAGCAAGAUGUACCACUGGAUUAAGGAGAACCGAGCAGCCUUAGAUUAUCAACAGGCAGCCAUAGAAGUGAAACCAGUGGAACAUCAUCACCAAAUGCUUGAUCAGUUUCCAUUCUUUGGAGAAGAAGGACCCAAUAGUGUGCUUCAGCUCUCUACCAUCCACCCUCAGCUUCACCCAUAUGGCCUUCAGCUCACUCAACCCCACCUUCAAGAUUCAAGUAUUUAGAGCUGAAACUUUGACUGAUGAGAUUUCACAAGGAGGGUCUGAAGUUUGGAGAAGAAGGCAUUUCUAAUGGUUGUUUCUCAAUAUUAUAAUUAGUAAGGAUAUAUGUGGAGCAGGCAGUAAACUAUGCUCUAGUGCUUGAAAACUUAUAUGUUCUGAUAUGUUAUGUUUGAAUGAAGUUUUUAUUUAUCCAUGUAAUGCGAUGCUGAUUCUAGUAUUAUGAAUAGAGAUUCUAUCA